GUCCCAGAAGGCUGCGGGCCAUUCACAAAGCGCAGCACUUCUCACACAUGCGCAGUCCGCAGUCUCUGGAAAUCUCCUUUACUGUCUGCAGUCUCCCCUGGUCAUCCCCUGUCAUCCCCUGUACUGUCUGCAGUCUCUGGUCAUCCCCUGUACUGUCUGCAGUCUCUUGUCAUCUGUACUAUGUCCACAGUCUCUGGUCAUUCCCUGUACUAUGUCCUCAGUCUCUGGUCAUUCACUGUACUGUGUCCGCAGUCUCUGGUCAUCUCCUGUACUGUGUCCGCAGUCUCUGGUCAUCUCCUGUACUGUGUCCGCAGUCUCUGGUCAUCUCCUGUACUGUGUCCGCAGUCUCUGGUCAUCUCCUGUACUGUGUCCGCAGUCUCUGGCCAUCUCCUGUACUGUGUCCGCAGUCUCUGGCCAUCUCCUGUACUGUGUCCGCAGUCUCUGGCCAUCUCCUGUACUGUGUCCGCAGUCUCUGGCCAUCUCCUGUACUGUGUCCGCAGUCUCUGGCCAUCUCCUGUACUGUGUCCGCAGUCUCUGGCCAUCUCCUGUACUGUGUCCGCAGUCUCUGGUCAUCCCCUGUACUGUGUCUGCAG